ACCUGAGUCUCCUGCAUUGGCAGGCAAAUUCUUUACCACAGAGCCACCAGGGAACACUAAAAUUUUAUUUGCAUAAUUUUAAAACAUUUAAUAAUCUAUCCUUUUUAUAAAUUUUAUAUUCCAAAGUCCUCAAGAUUGCAUCUCUAACUAGUAGUGACAGCUGACAUCACAAGUGACAUGUAGGGACAUGUUUAAAUAUGUUUGAUAGUUUUUUAACCCACCAAUGUAAGUCUCAUUUUUGGGUAACUCCUAUAGUGUGAAAAACUAAAAACAGAUACUAAAGAUGGCUAAAUACUAAAUAGCUAGUCAUAUUUAUGUGCAUUUCAAUAUAUCACAAUAGUACAUACACAUUUUCUAUCAAUACAGACUUCAGGAAAGUGUCAACACAUUAAAUUACAGUUUUUGAAUUUCAUGUAAGUAUAUGAUGAUAAUUUAAAAAACAAUUAUAAAUGCUUAAUAAAUAUUUGCUAUUAACAGUUAUUAACUGUUGUAUUGGACUGUUAUUAACAGUCUAAUAGUGAAUUUUUAAAAUAACCUUCAAGGAAUAAGUAAUCCUAAUAUUCUCACUACAAUAUAGCAUCCUUGCCAGUAAAUAAAGUUAUUAAAUAUCACCCUUUUAUUUGCCUUCUAAACAGAAAACACCCUCAUUCACCCUAAACUCUAUUACAGAAUAUAAAGUGCUUCAGAGUACAUUUCAUCUCCUUGUCUUUGUCUAACAAUUUGAAAGUUCAAAAGUAUUUUUAGGAAAAUCCAGAUUAUAUUUUUUCAAGGUCCUGUGCCUAUUUCUCAAGCUUCUAUAGGUGUGUUCCCUCCCAAGACCUAAGUUAGUUACUAGUAGCAGGUUACUAGUCAGAUUUUUCUCUUUCGCUAAUGUAUAUGCACCAUUUACCUUUGUUAGCCACAAAAUAAUUUACUUUCACAAUUUAACCCAUAUUUGGUUUGGUUAUGUUUGUAGUAUAUUAUGAGAAGUCCCUCUUUUCAACUUCCCAUCAAAGUCAGGCAAUUUAUUCUAGAGUGACAAAUGAGUGAGUAUUUUCUUUUUAUUCUUAAUGCAACUGGGCUUAACUAAAUUAUAUUUGGCUGUGUUCUGUGUUCAGAUAAGUGAACUAUCAUGGCUCUUUUGUCAUAGAUGAUUACCAAUUAGUGAGUGUAGGGGAAACUUACACCAGAUAUUUACCCUCUCCUCCUCCAUUCUUCUCUGGGGGAGUUGCUGCUUCUACUGUUCUCCAACCACAUGACUUUAGUUGGUAUAGUGGAUUUUUUCAGUAAAGCCAUCUGCAUAGUCCCAGAGGGUAUAAAACAUACAGGGGUGUGGGCCCUAUUUAAUGCUGACAGGUCAAAACCUUUCCCUAGAAAGAUAUACUUUGAGUUCCUUGGCUUUAUUGCCUUCUUCAUGUUUGCAGAAAGACAUUGCCUGAGUUGAGAACUUACAAUUGGUUUCUAAUAAAACAAAUAGUCAUUUCCUCUCACUGGGCUAUGUACACAGUGAACUUAUGAAGGAAAAAAAGGUCCAAAGUCUGUGUAUCCCAGAGACUGAAAAGUCACAUUUUCCCAGAAGUUGCAGGCACACUGCAAUUUUUUGGGGAGUAAAAACUGGAUUUUAAAAUGUAUAACUUCUUCUAACACCAUAGAACAAAUUAGUAACUUUGUAAUAGAAUGUAAGCUUCGCAAGAGCAAGAUUUUUUGUGCUUAAUUUACAGUUUUAUCCCAAGAAGCUUUAAUAAUUCCUGCACAGAGAAAUACUUAUUAAAUGAAAAAUAAAUUUGUCUUGAGCUGAGUUUUGCAUACCAAACUUGUACCUUUAAAGGGAAAAUGAAUGUAGAUUUAGAUAAAUAACUUAUUUUUCUCUCACAACUACUGUUACCUACCUAGACAAGACUGCAUUACAGGUGCGGAGGAAAGGAAUUCAUAACAUUUUAUGACCCACAGUGUGUUCACUGCAAUUUUGAUAUUAUAUCAUGCUUUGAAAUGAAAACUCCCUGAAGUUGUAAAGAAGAACGCUUGGUGGCGCUGCAGGCUAAGAGAGUGAAAAAAAAAAAAACAGUCUGCAGAGUCCUAGACUCCAUAAAAGCCGGUCUGUUUCUGGUAGCUCACAAAGGAAGUAUUUACACAGCUGGGGAUAGAUUUCAGAGAGGCAGCUAUCCCCUUGUCAGUCCAUGACAAGAAGUAACUCAAAAUUACCGAACCAAGAUAGCAGAUCUGGCGCAAAACAAUUACUUUAUGAUUAAAUACUGCAUCUUUUGCACUCAGGAACGAUGGAGACACCGCUACCCAAAAUGACUCAGAAAAGGCAAGUGACCGCUAUUAUUAUUCUAUUAUUAUUGUGGGAGGCAGGCGGUCAGAUCAUUAAGUAUUCAGGUCUAGAAGAGAGGGACAGCGGCUCAUUUGUAGCCAACCUAGCAAAAGAUCUGGGGUUGGGCUUAGGGGAGCUGGUUUCUCGGGGCGCCCGCAUUCUUUUCAAGGGGAAUAAACAGCAUUUGCAGAUCGAGCAGAAGAGUGGGAAUUUGAUACUAAAAGAAAAACUGGACCGAGAAGAUUUGUGCGGUGACAAGGAUCCAUGUAUACUGCAUUUCCAGGUGUUACUGAAAAACCCGGUGCAGUUUAUUCAAGGUGAAUUACAGAUUCAAGAUGUAAAUGACCAUGCCCCAGAAUUCUUGGAAAAUGAAAUCCUCCUGAAAAUAUCAGAAAGCAGCCAUCUAGGGUCUGCAUAUCCUUUGAAAAUAGCUCAAGAUUUAGACGUUGGUAGUAAUACAGUACAGAACUACACAAUUAGCUCCAACUUCCAUUUCCACCUUUUUACUCGAAAUCACAGCGAUGGCAGAAAAUACCCGGAGCUGGUGCUGGACCAAGAGCUGGACCGUGAGGAGCAGCCCGAGCUCAGGUUAACCCUCACAGCAAUGGAUGGUGGGUCACCGCCCAAGACCGGGACUUCCCAGGUCCUCAUCAUAGUCCUGGACAUAAAUGACAACGCCCCUGAAUUUGCUCAGCAGCUCUACCAGGUGCAGGUCCCAGAAAACAGCCCUAUAGGCUCCCUUGUCAUCACUGUUUCUGCUCGAGAUUUGGAUGCUGGGAUCCAUGGCGAGCUCUCCUACUCAUUUUUCCAAUCCUCAAAUCCAGUCAUUCAGGCCUUCGAAGUAAACACAGUCACAGGGGAUAUACGAUUAAAAAAAAAGUUGGAUUUUGAGGAAAUUAGAUCUUACCAUAUGGAAAUUGAGGCCUCAGAUGGCGGCGGUCUUUCAGGAAAAUGCACUGUAGCCAUAGAAGUAAUGGAUGUAAACGACAACGCCCCUGAAUUGACCAUAUCACUACUCAUUAAUGAUAUCCCAGAAAACACCCCUGACACUGUGGUCGCUGUUUUUGGAAUUUCAGAUUCAGACUCUGGUAACAAUGGAAAAAUGAUGUGUUCCAUCCAAGACCAUCUCCCCUUCCUACUGAAGCUCACGAUAGAAAAUUUUUACACCUUGGUAACAGAAGGCGCACUGGACAGAGAAGAAAAAGCCGAGUACAACAUCACCAUCACGGUCACUGACAUGGGAACCCCCAGACUGAAAACCGAGCACAACAUAACCCUGCUGGUGUCCGACGUCAACGACAACGCCCCCGCCUUCACCCAGACCUCCUACACCCUGUGGGUACGCGAGAACAACAGCCCCGCCCUGCACAUCGGCAGCGUCAGCGCCACAGACACAGACGCGGGCGCCAAUGCCCAGGUCACCUACUCGCUGCUGCCGCCCCUCGACCCGCUCGUGCCCCUCGCCUCCCUCGUGUCCAUCAACCCCGACAAUGGCAACCUCUUCGCCCUCACGUCCCUGGACUACGAAGCCCUGCGAGUCUUCGAGUUCCGCGUGGGCGCCACCGACCGCGGCUCGCCCGCUCUCAGCAGCCAGGCGCUGGUGCGCGUGCUCGUGGCGGACGCCAACGACAACGCGCCCUUCGUGCUCUACCCACUGCAGAACGCCUCGGCGCCCUGCACCGAGCUGGUGCCCAGGGCGGCCGAGCCGGGCUACCUGGUGACCAAGGUGGUGGCGGUGGACGGCGACGCGGGCCAGAACGCCUGGCUGUCGUACCAGCUGCUCAAGGCCACGGAGCCCGGGCUGUUCGGCGUGUGGGCGCACAACGGCGAGGUGCGCACGGCGCGGCUGCUGAGCGAGCGCGACGCGCCCAAGCAGCGGCUGGUGGUGCUGGUCAAGGACAACGGCGAGCCGCCGCUGUCGGCCAGCGUCACGCUGCACGUGCUGCUGGUGGACGGCUUCUCGCAGCCCUACCUGCCGGCCCCGGAAGCGGAAGCGGCGGCCGCGGCGCCGGCCGACCCGCUCACCGUCUACCUGGUGGUGGCCUUGGCGUCGGUGUCGUCGCUCUUCCUCUUCUCGGUGCUGGUGUUCGUGGCGGUGCGGCUGUGCAGGAGGGGCGGGGCGGCCUCGGCGGGUCGCUGCCCGGUUGUCGAGGGCCACUUCCCGGGCCAUCUGGUGGACGUCAGCGGCACGGGGACCCUGUCCCAGAGCUACCAGUACGAGGUGUGUCUGAUGGAAGGUACUGGGUCCGGCGAAUUCAAGUUUCUCAAACCUAUAGUCCCCAGCCUCAUGAGUGAAGGAGCUGGUAUGGACACCGCGGGAAAUGCUAACUUUAUAAAUCGUUUGGGGUUCAAUUAGGAAUCUCACUUGACAAGAGAUGAUCAAUGAUCAUAUUCUCUAAUAUAUUAAUUUCCAACCCUUUCAUUAACAUGAAGAGCUUACAUAUGCACACGUUCGUUAAGUAUUGUCCUAUUUAUAGUUUGAAGUGUUUUACAUUCCGAAUCUCUAGGUGGUUUUUAUUGUUGCUCUUUUGUCGAUUUUUAUAAGCCCUUAACAUUUUGCAUGGGAGAUCACACAUUUAGCAGAGAAAUUGUGUUUCUCAAGUUUUGGAGGGUCAGAUUUUUCUAAGUCACAAGUGUUUUCAGGUUCCUGAUAGUUGAGCUUGUUCAUUGUAACUUGUUAUAACUAAGAGAAUUGUGUUUUAUGAUUAUUAUUGCAUGUCUGACUUGUAAAUGAUGGCUUUUAGUUUUUAAAAUUUUCACUUAUGCCAAAAAUUUUGUGACCUUGUAAACUGCUGGAGUUCUGUACUGUUGUUUCAAAAACACUAUUGUCUUUCCUCAAAUGAACUAAUAUUUUAUCUGAA